AUUGUGUUUACAUGUCAACCUUCGAGAAACUGCGCUUCUAGUUCUACUUUUAGGGUAAUUGCUCUACAAAAUUAAAAUCCGCUGUUCAAGUUCCAAACACAUUUAGAAAAAUGCUUGGAGGUUCCCUGUUCAGAUCAAUGGAAGAAGACCCAUUCUUUGCCGGACAUAUGGAACAUAUGAGAAGGAUGGAUUCUCUCUUUGCUGAUCCUUUCGGCAUGAUGAUGCCCCAACAAUCACAGCUUGCAGUUGAAGCACCAAGAAACCGGGGUCGCCCUGUACCUCAAAGGAAUGCAAUGGUUCCACAUGGUUUCAUGGAUCCUAUGGAUAUGUUUGGAGGCAUUGAUAGCAUGUUCAGUAACAUGAGAAAAAAUAUGCAGAUGAUGGGACAACAGUUUAAUAAAAUGCAGUCCGACCCCAAUGCUCACAGUUUCAGUCAGACCUCAUUCAUGUCAUACUCCAAUGUACCUGGUCAGGGCCAACCCAAAAUGUACCAGGCCUCUUCAUCCACACGUGUUGCACCUGGAGGGGUAAGAGAAACACAAAAGAGUGUGAGAGAUUCAGAAUCUGGUGUGGAGAAAAUGGCGAUUGGACACCAUAUCAAUGAUCGGGGUCAUGUGAUUGAGAAGUCACGUAACCACAGAACGGGACAAGAAGAUCGGAAUGAGGAUCUCAUCAACCUUGAUGAUGAUGACAAACAUGCAUUUAAUGAAGAAUGGCAUGGCAAGAUGAGAAGACACAGAGUUGACAGAAAUCGUUUGGAUUAUGCACGCCGUGGAGAACGAUCAAAUGACCACCGACCAGAAAGAUCAGAGCGUCAUGGAGGCGGACGUCAGUUGGCCAUUGAAAGUCCCAGAGACCACGCCCAGCGAGACAACAGGAAAUAUGAGCGCAAAUAUCGGGACAGAGAGUGAACAAUAUGUGUGAUUGAGGAUAAAAAGAAGAGUGAAGAAUGUGAGCUUACAGUUCCCACCUAAUGAACUUGUGAUACAGACUCCAGGGAAAAUAGAAAAGUGGAGACAAUUAUCUCCCAACAAUAAAUACAACAUAAACAGCCCUUUCUUGAUAGUUUGGUAUUUAUUCAGCACUAAACAGUAUUGAAACAGGUAGAAAAUUAACAAGUCUUAUAACAUUUCAUUUUGGUGUAGUAAUUCCUUUACAAAGCCUUCUUCUCUUCACACCUGGACAUCGAUCGCCUCAGAAUUUCUAUUGUCGAUUAAAUGUGACAUGAGACAGACAUGUUGUAUAAUAUGCUCAUGACCAUAAUCAUUUAUUGACCUAUCAUUGGCCACUUAACUGAUUGUCAUUUAACACAGAUCAUUUGAAGUGGGAUGCAAAUUAUUUCUUGGUGUUAUGCAAUCACAAAUCCAAAUUUCAAAUUAACUGAAUAUUUAGACAUAUUAGUAAUAUUACUUGAGAGUGGUAGUGUAUACAAUGUCUUAUUUAAACUUUUAUAUUGGUUAUUUAUUUCUUUAUGGUUUUGUUGAAUGUAGAGUGUGAUACUUGAUAUUUAUCCAAUAAGUCAAUCACAUUAAUAUGGUGAUCAGUCUUCAGUGUCAUGUACAUUUUACUUGAGAUUGUUUGUAAGUAUCAGUGUAUUUGAUAAUGUUGAGUAGAUACAAAAGCUGCAAAUUCACUCCCAAAAUAGUCAAUAUCAGCUGCUCUGCUGUCAGUAUGCACGACCUGGUCAUUGAUUGUAAUGCUAAAUAGUGUUAUGUUUUAAAACUAGACCUACAAAUACAUUUUGUGCUUAGAGGUGCUAAUUCAGCAGUAAAUCAGGUGUUGCAUGUAGUGAAAACUGUAAAUUUGGCACUGAACUUGUAGAAUCUGUUUGAUAUUUUCCUGCAAAGCUAUGAAAAAUGACAUUUAUGUUUACUGUUUCCUAUUUAAGCAAUUUAAUUUGUGUGCCAUUGUCAUGUAAAGCUUAAUAUAUCUGAUGCAUGCAUGCAGAGUAUUGGUAGACAUAUAUACCAGGUAAUGUCAAUCUCGGAUCAUAACAAUACAAUAACUGCACUGACUUGAUGUAUAACUGAUUUUUUCCCCCGUGUUCAACCUAAUGACCUAUGAUUCAUGUUUAGUGAAUUAUUUUGGCAGCAAGAUUAAGAAAAGUGAUUAUUUUAGCAAUCAUAGAUUUGAUUUUUGGCAUCCAUUGAUAAAUUUUUGAAUCACCAACUGCCUCUAACAUUCAAAGUUCUUUGUUGCUUUACGCCCUUUUAAACAGCCAUGGUAAUUUUAGGACAUGCCUGGUUUUAAAGCUCAAAAUUCAAGAGAUGAAUUUAGCAUGAUCUACAAGUGGAAUAUGAAUUUAACACUCAUUACUUCUGUGAUGUUUUAGGUUUAAAACAAUUAUACUCAUGCCUUUUAUUCCUAACAUUGACAUUUAAAUAAAACCUCAGUUAAAGAAUGUAGAAAUUUUCCAAGUUUUUUUUUCCAAGGUUCAACUUUUCAUGUCUUACCUUGAAGCAAAAACUGUGCAAAAGAAGUCAUGAAAUGGAUGGUUCUUUUCUUUUAAUUUCAAAGUACCUGUAAUAUGGUACAUGCCCUCUUUGAAAAUAGUGAAAAAUAGAAACCCUCAAAAAGUACAACUAUUAUAAUAUUUUUAUUUUAUUUUUUGAAUGUGUUAGUCAGAGAUUGAGCCUGCUGUUUAAAUAGAUGGAGUAUUUAGCCAUUGGAUGCUGAUCCAAAAGUAAUGUUUUAUCAUUUGAAGUACAGUAAUUUUUUGAUGAGUCUGGUUACAAUGAGAACAGAUAGUUCAUAAAAGUUGUUUGUGUCCUACAGAAAAGCAUGAGCCCAUGGCUCAAAUAUUCAAGUCCCAAAAUUCACUGAGUUAUAUAAAUAGUGAGUUCAUAAAAUUUGGGUCAGUCCCACAGGCAAAGCAUGAGUCCAGAACUCAAAUAUUUGAGUCCCAAAAUUCACUGAACUAUAUACACUUAUGUGCCAUUAUCUAGUUACUUUGUUGAAGCAGUGUCUGUGUGAUCAUUCAACAUGUGGAAGAGAGCUUUCCAAUCUGUCAAAUGGGGUUUUUUCUCCAUAACUUGCUUGGUUAGUGGUACUGAUUCAUUAAAGUAAUUUGGUUUUUUUUUGAAAAAUAAAAGUUUUAUCAUUUUGGACUGUUCAAAAUCAGGAUUAGGUUUGAUUUUCAUGAGUUGGAGCCUGUAGAUGUCAUGAGCAAUUAAAGUAUAGAGUUGCUUCAAAUGGAAAAAUUGAACAGCUGCAGUGAUUUUUCUUAAAUGUAUAUACAUAUUGUUUUUUUUUAUGUUAAAAAUGACAUAGAGAUAUGUUUAAAAAGAAAUCGACUAAAAUUUACCUUGUUAUUGGGUUGUAAAACUUUUAGAAUUUUUGUUAAAGGGGAACGUAGUCCUUUUUUUUCAUGGACAUUUUUAUAUUUUCUUGACAUUGUAUUUGAUUUUUUUACCACAAAAGUCAUUACAUUUAUAUAAUUGGUAGAUAAACUAUAUUUAACAAAUAUUGGUCCAAUUACCUGGUAUAAUACAAUCUGAAUAGUUCUGUAAAAUAUCAUGUUUGUUUUCUUCUUUUGAUAAUCAUAUAUCGCUACAGCACUUCUUAUGCUUAUGCUGAUUCCCUAUGUAGUUUUCUAGUCACUCCCUCGGAGAGGACGGUGUUGUAAGAUAGACAUAUGUUUUAUUGAUAGAUAAAUAGAGUAGAAGAUGAAGCACCUUACAUCUAAACAUGUGACAAUAAACUGAGGCUUAGCAAGAUAACCUAUCAUUAGCUGUUAUUAGUUGACCAGCUUUAUCAAAGUUUAAUUUUUUACGUCAUUCUGUAUGUAGGUAAAUCCUAUUAUUGUAUAAGCUCUUUAAUCAAAUUUGUUUUUUUCUCUCAUCUUGGCUUAUUUUUAACAUGAUAACAUGAGCAUUAGAUUACAUCCUAUAUAUGCGCAAAUAGUGUGAAUACACUGUGAUAAGUCAGUACACCAGUACAUUAAAUUGCAUCAGAUAAUCUUGAUCAAUGAUUCAGGUAAACCCCAUAGGUUCUGCAUAUUUUGUGUUACCCCAAUUCUUAAAAAUUUCAAUUGUCUUUUUUGGAUUUUAGUUAUGUGAAAGCUUGCCAUUUUUUUUUUUUUUUCUUUUCUUUUCUUUUUUUGCAAAAUUAGUUAGCUUGAUGAAGCAUUGUAUUGAACUAAAGUUCAUUUGUAAACCAACUACAAGGAAAAGAUAGGAAUAUUUUGGUUGUUUAUAUAGUUUUGAGAUUUAAUAAAAAUUGUUUAGGGUCAGGAAUAGGUUCUGUGAAACUACUUCUACUAUAUAAGGAGUCUGUGGGCCAUGAUUGACACAUGGCCUUUAUUGGAAAUUUAAUGGUUGACCUCCAAACUGUUUUUUUCUUGUUCUUUGGAAAAAUAUCUACAUUUCAUAGUAUGGAAUAUAUUCAAACCCUCUCAACAUUUUGUUACUUAGCUUACCAAGAGCUUUGUAGUUUCAAUGAAAACAAAUAUGAGAAAUUACUGGAAAAAUAAAUGCAUAUUACUGACAUUUAUUAAAUACACAACUUUUCGCUAUUUCUGAAGAAAACAGUUUCCGAUAUUCCUGUGUUUUUAUGUCCAGCUGGUCUGUUUAGGGUCCGAUAUUCCUGUGUUUUUAUGUCCAGCUGGUCUGUUUAGGAUAUUAUGAAGGGUCACACAGUACAUUUUGUUUGUGAUUUUGUAUUGAAUUUGCAGAUGAUGUACAUUCCGUAGAUGUUAUUGUAAUGUAAACUACAGAUGUUGUAUAAAGUCUUCAAGAUUUUGUUUCUGAAUUUAAGUAAUACAUGUAAUUAUUCCGGUCUUGUUAGAGGGUGAUUUGUUUCCAGUUGGUUAACAGUUUUUUUUUUUUUUACAAAUGUUUCAACAACUCUUGAAGGUGUUGGCAUUUCACAUACUUCAUUUACUAGACAUAUACAUAUUAUUUGAAGGUCCCCAUCAGAGAAGACAGUAAACUUGGUGACUAUUUUUAUCAAGAUGGUAAUCAUGGUAUUUCACCAGUUUCUAGUUACUAAUACAACCCCAGUAUAGGACCUUGGUGAAUUGUUACCAUACACUUUUUCCACACAAAAAGAUAAUAUGUUCAUGAACUUUUGAUUUUUAGGUAUUAUUAAUAAAAGGAAUGUUUUUCCAUUGUUGAAUUGGAUAUUAAGGGUGCAUUUUUCUUACAUACACUGAAUAUGAUAAGAUAGAUGUGAUAUUUAUUGUAUAUAGUGGUGUGUAAUGAUAAAUAAACACUCAGUCAGCA